GAGAGAGCUCCUUGCCGAACGCGGAGACAAAAGUGCUUUGCAGUCUCUUGGUAAACAAGUUGCUUUAUAUUCAACCUAUCGCACACCAUGUCACGAUUCCUCCAGCAAUGAUACUUUGACCUCUCGUCGCCACGGGAAACGUCGCACGCAUACACGUCGUCAUCUUCUGGUGAAUUUAAUUGCAAUUAGGGCAUUCCGUUGCACGUGCACAGUGUACAUGUUUGAGUUGCAUCGCAUUUAUAAACUUGUAUAUAACAUUGGAUUGUGUCAUAAGACGUGGUGAUUCUCAACAAACAAAAUAACACAUUUUCCGCGCGAUCACCUCAAACGCGCAUCUCUCGUGCGCUUACGUUCAAGUUUCUCGUAAGCAUAAGUUUCUCGAGACACACUCGUAUCUGAAACUAAGAUCGACGUAUACUGGUUUCCAUCAAUCUUUUUCCUUUUUUAAAAAUAGACUCUGACGGCUAAGGUAUUCAAAACCUGAGUUUCCGUCCGAUCGGAGUAUCGGUUGCAUUAUUUAUAAACGCUAUCGAGUCGUUCAAAGUCGUCGGGCUUUAUUCAACUUCGUAAACGGAACAUCUGUUUUUUCAUCUAUUCAAAUUGCAUCUGUCUCUGCGUUCCGAAUAAAGACUGUUUGCGAAUGAUAAAUGAGAUCGAGAUACCGUGACAUUUUUACGGAACGAAGUAUACGCAAAAGAAUUGUUUACAAUAUCUUUAUAUAAAACGCUUCUUAUACUUCGAAGUCUCGUACAGUAAUAAAAAAAAAAAAAGCGAUAACAGACAUUUAGUCGACGAUGCCUCUUGACAUUUUAGAGGCAACGAUGCGUCGAAAGUACAACAAUAUAUACUCUUUUUUCUACUAAAGCUAAUACAAAAAAAAAAAAAGAAGGGAAUUCCGUUACUUUGAAAACCGUGUAAAUCGAGGGUUACCAGUGUGAUCCCCACCACGAUGUGAGAAGUUUCAGCUGGAGAUUUAAAUAUCUUCGAAACUGUUUAACAGUGUGCAGUGGUCGACGCUAUAGUCUCGGGAUAGCCACGAUCAGACCGUGAGAAAGUGUCACUGCUCGGUUGGACAAUUAAAUAGCUGAGCGACGCGUUUCGCGGGGUACGACGAAUUCCUUUGAUAACAAAACAGUGCAGAUCGUUGUGCAUUUUCUAAUUGAAGAUUUACAAAGCCUCGCAUAUACUGACCCUUUACAAAGAAAACAAAUCAAAAGAAAAGUCAUAUGUAUAGUAAUUAUGUUAAUUACGACAUCGCUGUAAUCGGUAGAAAAUACGAACACAACGAAUCACGGAGGCGAAGCAAUCUUCGGUGGAAGAAAGUGGAAACCUGCUGCGGAGGGGUAAACGGCUUCUAGAUAACGGCAUAGUAAACGGUAUUCGAAGUUCUUCACGUGUAAACCGUCCUGCAAUCAGCGUACACCAUAAACGUGAUUUUCAGUGAACUCUCGAAAUCGUACAAUCCGAUAUUUCCUGUUACCGUACUCGUUUCCGGUCGCGGUUGCCACUCGUGGUAGUGUUCGAUUGUGUCGUAGGUCGAUACGGUUUUCUACAAGUAAAAAUAUUUGAAUUAAACGAUGCUCUGAAACUUGGAUAUGAAUGAGCAAGGGUUAGAUAAAAUACCGUUUCUAACCUUAAAUCAUGUCGAGGCGUAAAAGAUGUAUCCAAAUAAGUUGUUAUCGGUAGGAUGUCCUCGCCGACAUUUACCUUAGCAUCGACAUAAUUCAAACAUCGAAUAUCAGUGAGACUUGGAGAAGACAAUACUAAAUAGUCAAACAGUCCGGAGUUGUGCGUUAUUCGAAUAAAAUCGAACAAAUAUCUAUACGUAGUUGAUAUUAAUUAAGACUAAAAGUUUUGUUUACUUCUGAAGAAGCUAGAUGUAAUGCUCGCACAACGUCGGGAUGUCUUACGCAAAAGAAACAGCUGCGGUUAAUGUCAACUAUGAAGCCUGAAACGUCUCAGAAUUAGUCGAAUUGUACACGUAAUAUACGAAUUAAUCGAAUUACUCAUACUUGGAAUUGUCGGCAACGUUCUCAUCGAUUUCCAGAGAUAUCAAGCAUGACACGAGGGCAGGAAAACGUUCGUAAGAUCACGUCCACCUUCUGGCGAAAACGAUACGUCUGCAAAAUAGUAGUAUCGAAUUGGACACGUACGGUCGAUGUAAAAGGAUCCUACCAGUAAUCGUGCUGAUCGAAAGUAGGUAAAGCAGAUCUGUCCGUCGGUGGUGCAGCAGAGAAAAUGAACGUCGCGCGAAAUGUUUUGAAAACAGCGAGAUCGAACAGCGUUCGAAAUGGCGUCGCGUCACCGAAUCUCGUGGUGGGUUGCAGCUAUGCAGGCGCAUCGCGAUCGCCGAGAAUCGACGAUUUAUCCGAUAUCUCGAAGACUACGGUAGAGAACGCAGAUAAAUCGCACGAUCGAAACUAUGGGACUGCGGCGACGGCGGAUAACGGAAGUGUGCCGCAAGAAGCUCCAAAACCGCGCGGACUUCCUGUCAUCGGAACGCUCCUCUCCUUCCUGUUUUCGGGAGGCGCGAAACGUCAACACGAAUACGUGGACAGAAGACACAAAGAACUGGGUCCUGUUUACAGGGAACGCAUCGGACCGAUUUCAGCGGUAUUCGUAAAUUCACCGCACGAAUUUAGGAGAAUAUUUCGACUGGAGGGUCACGCGCCUAAACACUUUUUACCGGAAGCUUGGACGCUCUACAACGACAUUCGGAAGUGCCGGCGUGGUUUACUCUUUAUGAACGGACAGGAAUGGAUUCAUUUCCGUAAGAUAUUGAAUAAAGUGAUGCUGGUACCGGAUGCAUCGAAUUUAAUGGCUGGACCGUGUCAAGAGGUGGCUGAGAGUCUUAGGCGGAAAUGGGAAAAGCAAAUCGAAACCGACGCGAUUAUACCGGACAUACAGGUUCAACUUUAUCGAUGGUCUAUCGAAGGUAAAAAUAAAUCGUACCUCGAUAUCGUAAAAUAUAAUCGUAACCGUAGAAAAGUAAAGAAUGAUUUUUGUUCGACAGCGAUGGCGGCCGUUUUGAUGGGUUCCUCGUGGGAUUUUCACGAGCAGCAAUUAUCGCGAGACUUCGACAAAUUGGCGAGAACGUUGCAUAGGAUAUUCGAGUAUUCAGCUAAAUUGUCCAUAAUGCCAGCUAAGCUAGCGAUGAAUUUACGGUUGCCAGUUUGGACGAAAUUCGUCGCGUGUGCUGACACAGCUUUCGAAAUCGUUCGGCUUCUGGUACCGGAAAUGAUUCGGUUAGGUGGCGACGGUCUUUUGAAAAAAAUGAUGAGCGAGGGAAUUCGGAAGGAGGACGCGAUUUGUAUUGUCACCGAUUUUAUAUUAGCGGCUGGCGACACGACAGCGACCACUCUCCAAUGGAUAUUGUUGCUGAUGUGCAAUCAUCCCGAAAGACAAGAAGAACUGUUUCAUUGUCUGAAGGAGUUGUCGCAAAAAGAACUGCUACGCAAUUCUCUAUUGAAAAGCGUAAUCAAAGAAUCGCUAAGAUUAUAUCCUACCGCCCCGUUUAUUUCGCGAUACUUGCCGGAAGACAACGUGAUCGGUAAUUACUUUGUGUCAAAAGGGGAAUUGCUCGUGUUAUCAAUUUAUUCGAGCGGCCGCGACAUCGCGAAUUUCUCACGACCGAAUGAGUUCCUACCAGAAAGAUGGAUUAGAACGGAAGAAGGCACUUACCGAGGUGUAUUGAACCCGCACGCGAGUCUGCCGUUCGCUUUAGGUGCGAGAAGCUGUAUCGGACGGAAACUCGCAGAAAUACAGAUAUCGCUUGCCUUGGCAGAGCUGGUCAAAUCGUUCAAGAUAGAAUGUGUAAACAAGGAUCGAGUGAAGCUCAUUUUGCACAUGAUUUCCGUCCCCUCGGAGCCAAUAAAGUUGAAAUUAUCGCGAAGAGAAUGAAGAAAAAAAAUGGGAGAAAAAAGGAAG